GUGACCUGUAUCCUUCGCCUGAGGACUUGUUAGCUGAGAUUUUAGAAAUAAAUCAGGAAAUGGUCAGGAAGGCACCUGGAAAUUUAGCCAGCCAGUGCCCCCAUAUCUGAUGCUUUUGUCUCUCCCUCAGCAACUGUACCAUAUACUUCAGGAAAUCUAAACCCUUGUGGCCUUUCAAGCCACUGUCAGAUACUGGUCUCACACUGUAGCCCAAGCUAGCCUGAAACUAUGUAGACCUCAUGACAAUUCUCCUGUCUCAGUCUCCUGAGUGCUGGGCUGUAGUGAUACUCUCUUUUCCUUGCUUCAGCGUUUUUGCUCAAAACUUCCUGUGUUCGCAGUAUCUUUCCAAACCACUGCUGAGUCCUCAACCAUGAGACCCUCAAAUGCUCAGCUUUGCCUGCUUUGAGCAUUGUAUCCGAAGCAGCCUGAGGGUCCCUUGCUGUCCGUUUGCUUAAGAUCUUUAUGAGCAGGGCCCGAACCUGCUGGUUCCCAAAGCCCGCCGCUAACUCAAAACAUAACAUCUUGCCGGAGUCUGGCCGUGAUGACACAAACACACUCUUAACUUCAGCAGAGGAGGCAGAGGCAGGCGGACAACUGUGAGUUCGAGAUCAGCCUGGUCUACAUGGCGAGUUCCAGGUUAGCCAGGAACACACAAAGUGAGACGCAAAGAGAAGAGAACAUAACAAAACAACCACAAACCCACCAACAAUCAUGAAGACGAUGAUCCGGGAAAAAGGAAGCCAGGGUCUUACUUUCCUCUUUUCUGUGGUACCGAAACUCCUUGCUAAAUCGGGAACCACAGCCCCCACCCCACCCCCAUGUCAGCCAGACCUCAGGGAAGGAAGGUGACGUCAGGGAGCCCGAGGUGGAGAGGCCAGGACCCUCCACCUGAAGCCUAAAAUUCUACUGAAAAUGUCCAAACCCUGGACGAUUGAAGGGGCCUCUCUUCCUGAGCUUCCUAAAGUUUGGUCAAACCACUCACCUAACUUGACUCACCCUACAACAUUUGGCAUCAGCGCCACCUCCCGUCAACGGUGGCAGGAAAGUGAAAGUCCGGCUAGAAUUUGGUUCCCGCUAAAUGCCGGGAAAGAAUGAGCAGACGGCCAUCUUUGUUAGGGGCAGACGCCGCGGCUACGGAGAGCGAGUGAAGCCACGAAACUUCCGGCUGCAAGCUGGUGAGUCCAGGCGCCCGCGGGUGUGGAGUGCCGCGGGAUGUGGGGAGGUGGCGGGCGUUAGGUUCGUUUGGGACUCGCCGUGCCAUGGCCCGGGCGCCUCGCUCCGGUGGCUUUCUGCCUCCCCUCUCUAACGUACCCCCGUCGUGGGCGCAUCCCGUGGGUGCUGGGAAUGAGCGGGGCGAGGGGAGUCGCGGAGGGCCGGGGCUGCUGGCUGCGGGGAGCGUCCCGCGCCCGGACUCCGACAGACAGCCGUGGGAGCCCGCAUCGGCGAGCGGCCCGAUGCCCUUCGCUCUGCAGCGGCUCCGGACCGCAUUGCUCCGUCUGCACCGCGAGCGGGAGCAGCUUCUGCGGGCCCGGGACUGUGCCCGCCACCUGCAGGCGGUCGUGAGGCUGCUCCGCUCCAGCUCGUCGGCCGGUGCCCUCUCCCAGCAGCAGCUGCAUCGCGACCUGCAGCUGUGCCCUUCGCGUGGGUCGGCUCUGCGCCUCGGCCGCCGGGACCCCACGGAGACGCUUCUCCUGGCUCGCCCCGUCGGGCUAGCAGCCCAGCGUCUGGAUGCUGCCAUCGAGAUGCAGCUUCGCGCCCUAGGCCGGGCACCCGCCAGCCUGGGCCUGACGUCCCAGCUAGCGGAACUGAUGCUGGUCCUUCCCUUCUACCACAAGCUACAGGGACAAGCCGUGAGUUGCGUCCCUGGGGCCGCGCGCCCGUUCCCCGCGGCCCGUGUGCUCCACCUCCUGGCUGCAGAGCGGGGUUGUCAGGUGGCACAUAGGCUGGCCGAGGCCCUUGGCGGAUCGGGCUUGCAAGACCAACUCCGUCGGCAGUGCGACGAAGAGCGAGAGCUGCUGCCAGGGCUGCUGGGUCUAAUAGGGGGUGUGGCUAGCACCGACAGCAGUGGACUGAGGCUUGGAGGGCCUGGAGCCCUGUGGAGCCAGUACUGGACCUUGCUGUGGGCAGCCUGUGCUCAGAGUCUGGCCCUAAGCGUGGGACCCUGGGGGGACCCCAGAGCAGUGGCACGACAGUUGCGUCAGGCAUUGUGUCAAGCAUCCCUGCCUCAAGAGUGCGAGAAGGAGCUGCUGUCUUGGUGUGACAUCCUACUUCAUCAGUCUCUUACCUGGAGCUGGGACCAAGGGUUCUGCCAGGCCUUGGGGUCAUCCCUGACGGGUCAGAGCAGCCCUGCUCUACUAUCUCCUACUGCCGAGCUAUUGCAGCGGCUUUUCCCUCCACUCUUGGACGCCCUUCGAGAGCCGAGGUCAGAACUUCGCCUGUGUCUGCCUCCAAGUCCUGCGCCUGUUGCUCUGGGGCUCUGUACCCUGCAGACCACCUUGCUCUGGUUCUUGGGCAGAGCUCAGCAGUACCUGGCAGCAUGGACCCCCAGUUCCUUCCUGCUCCUGACCCAAAGGGAUUUGCCUCCUCUACUGCGUGCAGUGGAGGAGCUGUCCAGCCUGGCCUCAGAGGCAACCCUAACCCUGGAGGUGGAGCAGAAGCUGGGCCUGGAGAUCCGGAAGCUGGCUGCAGAGAUGCAGCUCCUGCCCGAAGAGUCGCUGAGUCUCUUUUUCCAAGAAUGCCGUCAACAAGCCACACAGGGCUUCAAGCUCCACAUGCCAAGGGGUCGAUACUGGAGGCUUCGGCUGUGUCCUGAACAUCCCCGGGCUCCUAGUGAGUAUGCAGGGAUGGUGGUCUGCGCUGUGCUGGAGCCUGUGUUACAAGGAUUGCAGGGACUGCCACCCGAAGCCCAAGCCCCUCCCCUCGGCCAGGCACUGACAGCCGUCCUGGGUGCCUGGCUUGACCACAUCCUCACCCAUGGGAUCCGGUUCAGCCUGCAGGGGGCGCUGCAGCUCAAACAAGACUUCGGAGUCGUCAGGGAGGUUCUGGAACAGGAGCAGUGGGGCCUGUCCCGGGAGCUUCGCCAGACUCUGCUCUCACUCAGCAUCUUCCAGCGGCUAGAUGGAGCCCUGCUGUGUCUCCUGCAGCAGCCCCUGCCCAAGAACCCAGUCCACAGGAGGACUCGCUGUUGCUGUUUUUGUAAUGACGUCCAGACCACUGAACUCCCCACCAGCAACCUCAACAGCCUGGAAAGCUUGGCACCCCCUCUACGGCCUGGAGUCUCCCCAGCCCAGAACAUGCACCUGCUAAGCACCCUGGGAGGAGGAGGACCUAGUCCUGAGGCUUACCUGGCUGGAAACCAGCAAGCCUGGCUUGCCCUGAGGCUGCACCAGCACCCUCGUUGGCACCUGCCCUUUCUUUCCUGCCUGGGGACGAGUCCUGAGCCCUAAGUUGCCUAGGAUGGGGAGUUCCAAAUCAUGGACUGUUAAGCC